AUGGAUGAAUCGAAAACCCGUCGAGGCAAGCCGUGCUGGCAUAAAAAUGCUGACAUCGGCUUAGGUGCCAUCAAUGAUGCUUUAUUGCUGGAUGUAUUUGUUGAAGAUAUAAUUAGAGAGUUGUAUCCAGACCAUCCGCAGGUAGAUCGUUUGUGCGAUGCUUAUCGAAAGGUAUGUGCUUCUCGUAUUUUCGCUGCCAAUGGUGUUCAGGGACCAGGGACCAGUUCUCGCCUUCUUUCAUAUUGUCCAUCUAAACGCAUGACCUUAAUUGGUCAACUCCUUGACACUGCAUCUGUUAGGGAUAUGAAUGCUUUCAACUGGGAUCGAUACGAACAACUCGUGGCAUUUAAAACUUCGCACUACACUUAUUUCCACCCUAUCGAAAUGGCCAUGCUUGUGAGUGACCGCUUAGAGAACCAUCCAUUGCUAAGACAACUUGCGUACCGAAUAGGAUUUUUGUUCCAAUCACAGGUGAGGAGAGCUUAUAAGCUCUGUAAUUUCUUGCCCGUAGGAAGUUUUGAAAAGCAGCUACAAAAAAGCUCUCAGCGAAAAUUGGCCCUAACUUUUUUUAAGCCAUGCUCUAGUUAUGACGAUGCUUUGGACGUUUUUGGUGACCCUACUGUGACCGGAAAAGUUGGCACUGAUAUUCAAGAUGGGAAGUGCACGUGGAUUAGC